AUGUCAUCAUCAGAUUCGGAUUCGUCUCCAUCUAGUCUUGGAGAGCAGGUAAAAGAAGAACUGUCCUGCAGCAUCUGCCUGGAGCUGUUCACCAGGCCCAAGGUGCUGCCCUGUCAGCACACCUUCUGUCAGGACUGUCUCAUCGACCAUGUGGGAGUGAGAAGACAUUUCCUCUGCCCAAUCUGUCGUAUACAGGUCGACCUCUCACCCUUAGGUGUCUCAGGGCUACCAGACAACCACCUUGUCUCUAGUUUAUGUGAACGUCUUGGAAGCCAGGUGGGCAUUUCUGCAGGUAAACGGAGGCCGUCCAAGUCCGCUAACAGGUGCGCCAGCCACCCUUUGGAGGAUCUAAAGGUGUUCUGUAAGAAAUGUGAGCUACCGAUUUGUGAGCUGUGUUUAGAGACAGUUCACGACGGCCAUCCUACAACCACACUUAAAAAAGCUUCCCUCGGACGGACAUUUUCUUUCGACUCUACCAUCGCUGAGGGGAGAAACCUUCUUGAGACAUACUGCAACUUUCUCAGAGAUCUCCGAGACACCGAGAAGAAGCUAAACGAACAGAAACUUCAGACGGACGGCAGAAUUUCCUACGUUUACGACCAAAUGGUCGAAAAACUGACCGAAACGAGACACAGCCUUCUGUCUGAGGUAGAACAGAGACAUCGCGCUAACCUGGAAACUAUACAGGAACAGAGAGACGCAAUCCUAGCUAAGGUGAACGAACUGUCUGCUGCCUGUGAUGAUGCGGAGAAGGGCGUGAGGCAGGAAGGAGUGAAGGUGUUCCACUUCCAAACCCACCUGAGCCAGGUGAUGAACCCGCGAAUCUCAGCACCCGACUCCGCGCAGGUGUACAGCGUGGCCGUGUUCUUACCUGCGGACUCACCUGUGCCGAAGCUAGGCCAGGUGGGCGUACAGCCCUUCCCGUCCGUGUCCGCUGCGUGCGGGAGGGGGGCACAAAUCCCAACCGUAGAAAGACAAGUGGAAGUCUUUCCUAUAGUAGACCUAACUGUACCUACAGCUGAACAGCUGGUCAUCCCUCGCUCCCUGUCUCCGUCGCUUAGCAACACAGAGGUCAAAGGUCUAUACACAGAGGUCACAGGUCAGAAUACGGAGGUCAAAGGUCUGAACACGGGGGUCAGAGAUCUGACCAUAGAGGUCAAAGGUCUGAACACUGAGGUCAUGAGUCAGAAUGCAGAUGUCAAGGGUCAGAUUGCAGAGGUCAAGGGUCAGAACACAGAGGUCAAAUUUCGUCGGCAGCGGCGGCGUUCGUUCGAGCUGCGGAAGCUGACGUUUGGCGGGAAGGGUUCGGAAGCUGGACAGUUUGACGUGCCGUGUGGGGUUGCGGUGUCGGAGGAGGGGGAGGUUUUCGUGGCGGACUGCGGUAACCGGCGCGUGCAGGUGUUCACGCUGGGCGGCACGUUCCUGCGCCAGUUCCCCACUGCCGCUGCGCCGGACGGACGCACCAUCCAGCCUGACGACGUCGCCGUGGAUACCGACGACCAUAUAUGGGUGGUGGGGAUCGACGUCGCCGCGCGGUACACCAAACUCGGAACCCUCCUCCGCACCGUCGAGCUACGCAACACGGGCUGGGACCGAGGCGUCGCCAUGGAUACGCGAACAAACAACAUCCUGGUCUCCCAAACAACCAUCGACAAGCGCGACAUCGUCGGCGAAGUCCAGAUUUUCGGCAGAGACGGAGAAAUCGUAAAAACCGUCGGCGCUCAACAAGGCAUGAAAAACCCUGCCUACAUCACUGUAGACGGCAAAGGGAAUAUACUCGUAUCAGACAAUGUGAGCCACUAUGUGUAUGUGCUAAACCACGUGGGGUAUCUCCUGUUGAAGUUUGGUGGGGAGGGGGGCGGAGAGGGACAGCUCAAGUGCCCCAGUGGAAUCUGUACGGACGGUUCAGGGAACGUUAUCGUGGCGGAUACGAGAAACAGCCGCGUGGAGAUGUUCGACAAGACGGGCGCGUGGGUUAGGCAUGUUGCCAUGGGGAUGAGGGGGCCGCUGGCUGUUGCCAUGGCACCACAGGGACAGCUGGUGGUCACUGACUCAAGUGACAACACGGUGACAAUAUUCCAUAGCUACUAACAAACAAACAAAUAAACAGUUGCCAUGGCACCA